AUGGCUCGAGACCUUGAUCCUGAGCGGUGUGCACGGUUCCGCCGUCGUGCUGAAGAAUUCUCCUUGUCAUUUUGGAGAUACUUCGAUGCUAACGGUGCUGCGAUUCCCUUCGGACGAAGUCUUACUUACAGAUUCGCAUUCGCUGGUUUUUGGUCUGCUGCUGCAUUUGCAGAAGUAGACUUGCCUGAGCCACUCAACGAUUGGGGUAUCGUGAAAGGACUCCUCCUCCGUCACUUCCGGUGGUGGAGCAACAAGCACGACAUUUUCAACGUUGACGGCUGCUUGAACAUUGGUUUUGCAUACCCGAACUUCUAUAUGUGUGAAGACUACAACUCUCCACAAUCAGUGUACUGGGCUCUGAAAUCGUUCCUGGCGUUAGGUCUUCCACAAGAUCAUCCUUUCUGGACAGCGAAGGAGAAAGAUUUACCCAGAGACAACGCUCUUGCAACCCCUGUGAAGGAGCCGAUGCACAUAGUGUGCAACACCGGAAACCAUCACUACCUCCUCUCCUCUGGUCAAUUUUGCCCCUGGCCGCUCAAAGCCACUGAAGCAAAAUAUGGCAAAUUCGCGUACUCUUCACAUUUUACCUUCAGUGUGCCUACAGGCCCCUUGAUCCAGCAGAUGGCGCCGGACAGUACGAUUGCAAUCAGUAAAGACGGAGGUGACACUUGGCGUACACCGUGGAAAGUGAAAACCAACGAACGACGAUCGAGAGCACAGCUCUGGAGAGGCGACAGGGCCCUCGAAAAAAUACCGACAUUCCAAAGUUUGUGGAAACCGUGGAAAGACGCUGACAUAAACGUGAGAACAAUCCUGAUAGCGCCUUGCUCUCGGUGGCCGGACUGGUAUGUGCGAUUCACUAGCGUGGAAAACAUGAGUGCGGUCCCUGUUACCUUGAACAUUGUGCAGGGGGGUUUUGCAAUCCAAGGGCGAGGAUCGAAGAGAGGCGAAGUUCUUCCAAAACUCACUGGAAGCGCUGGUAUCAAGGCCGGCAAUAGUUUGUCCUUUGCAGAAGGUACCCUGGAGUCAACCAGCGACGCAUUAGUCUGCUCCGAUGCAGGAACAAGCGGCAUAAAAGCCAUCACUCUCGAAACGGCCGCAGGAGAUGAGCACUCGCUUGAAGAUGUUACUACCAAUGGCGAGGUCCUCAAACCAGACGCCAACACCAACCUGAUGUGGCAGAGAACUCUAAUUCCAACAAUCAAGUCGGAGACCAAAACGAUCGAGCAGGGACGUAGCAUCUACCUUGUAUCCGCUGUAUUUGCGGUGGCUAGGACUUCAGCCGCACCCAAGCAAUACGGGAAACUAGACUUGCAGAAAUUGUGGGAUGAGACACCCGUUAUUUAUGCUGGUCAGCUUAGAAGUAAGGCACCAAGGACAGAUCAAGAGUACAUCGAUAUAGUGGAUACAGACUAG